UGGGUCAAAAUGCAGAACCUUGUGGAACAGCCUCCUGUGACUCUGGACCCAGACACAGCAUCGAGUAAACUGCAGGUGUCACAGGAUUGCACCAGUGUUCAGUACGUAGAAAAUAAAAUGGUUGUGUUUGAUAACCCAGAGAGAAUGUAUGUGGGAGUGCUGGCCUCACAGGGCUUCAGCUCAGGUGUGCACUGCUGGGACGUAGAGGUAAAAAACAACAGUCACUGGACGCUGGGAGUGGUGGCGGAAAAAGUGAACCGCAAAAAAUAUUACAAAUUGUAUCCGAAGAAACAUUUUUGGUGUUUUCAUUACAUGGAUGCUACAUACAAGCAAGGAAAUGAUCCUGUCAGCAAUAUUAAUAGCAAUGAAAGGCCAAAUAUCAUCCGACUGCAGCUGGACUUUGAUGAAGGAGAGCUGAGAUUCAUCGACCCUUCCAGAAACAGGAUUUUGUGUACCUACACUGGUGGAUUUCCAGAGAAAGUGUUCCCAUAUUUCUGUACUGAAGAUAUGAUCAGGCCACUUAACAUUUUCAUGUCAAAUAAACAAAAAUUGUAAACCACAACUAACACAACAAUUUUUUUUAUAUACGUUGUGUUUUGUGCAUGUGCCAAGAUAAUCCUCAAAUGCGAUGACCUUCAUGCAGUGUGAAUUGAGUUACAGUCUAUGGUGUCCAAAUAAUUUUUAGGGCCACUGUAUAUCAAGCUAUGUGAUUAUUUAAUCAUGUAAUGUUUAAGUGUAUAGGGUGAAACAUUAUAAAUAUGGCCAAUUUUAAUGUGAUUAUCAAUGAAAAAAGAAAUAAAGACUAU